AGACUUUGAUUCUCGAAACCCUCGGGGGCGCGGCUUUUUCUUUGGUAGAGAGAGAGAGGGGGAAGGGGUUGAACCUUCCUUUAAGAAGCUGAGCUCUAUUGUGAUUUUAGAGUGUACUCAGUUCUACGAUGGCCAAGCGCGAACUAUCUAGCACUUUGAAGAACUUGAAGUUCAUGCAGAGGGCAGCUCAGAGAGAGGAAAAAACUGAGAAGGAGGAAGAGGUCAUACCUGAUGGAAACUUCCCAUCCUCUAAUAUCCCAAAAAAAUGCUUAGUCAUUGUGGAAGGGGAUCCUCAUCCUGGUGCAGUAAAGGGGCGAAUGUCAUUUCAAAGUUUUAAUCCUUCCGUUGAUAAACUGAAUGAGGAAGAAGGAAACCUUCAUCAACCAGAAGCUUCCGUGAAUCAAAGUGGAACAACUGCUUCUAGAGAGAAUGGGUCCACACAGGAUGGAUCAGAGAGCUUAAAAACCGGAAGUUCCAGCAGUGAUGCCAAUGGAGAUCUUAAAAGGAAACAAGUGGAAGUAGUUUCUGAAGUACGAUAUCCAAAUAAAUCACAGAAAAAUGUGCAAGGUAAUCAAGAGUCCUCAUCAAAUAACAAUAUGAGUUCUCAUAAGCAGUCAAAGCGUGAGAAGCUGGACUGGAAUGUUCUAAGACCUCCAAAGGGUCAAGGUACGAAGACUUGGUUCGUGAUGCUCAUCAUUCCUUGGAUGGCUUGUAGCUUUUAAGUUUUCAUUUCAUGCAAAUGUUAGCAUGAAAUGUCAUUUUGUAGCCUUAUAUGUCAAAACUUGUAUCUUUGACUCCAUAUAUGUAAUGUGUACAUAAGUACACCAUUUACGAUAUAUUUGACUUGUAUGAGAUGAGGCCGGAGGCCAAUGACAUUUAUAUUGCAUCUUAUGUAAUUUUUGAUUUUAUGAAAUGUUAUAAAAAUCUUGAAAAUUCAUAA